AUGGAGAGCAGGACUUUACUAGGAAAUUUUGAACAUUAUGCAAAUGAAAGCUUAGCGACGUUAAAGUUGUCUAAAGCUUUCAAAGACAAAGUGAUGUUCCACGAUGUUCACAAAAGGCCCUCCGAUGCCUCGUUUAGAUUUCAAAAGAUAUUGUUAGCGACGAUAAGACGACAACGUAAGUUAUAUAAGCAAAAGAAAAAUGUACUUAUUUGGACCCGCGAUCCUGCUCAUGUGAUAAAUAUAUCGACAAUAAUAAUGUCCUCCCGACUGAUUCCGGCCACGGCGGCUAAUCUCAUUGAGACUAGCCAACUGCGCAGGAGAUAUUAUAGUGCACAAGUGUACGCACAGACACAACGUGCACUCUCUAUUCCUGUCACUCUCAUACUCCGGUGGGACGACCACUCGACACGACCAGUGAGAGUUAAGGCGCAGGACCCAGGGGUUUACGUGCUCUCCGAAGGA